AUCCGUACAAAAACAGGAGGUUUCCAUUUUAUCCCCAAAACAGACGAGAGCUAGGGUUUUGAGUUUUGACCGGAAAAGUUAUCGGAGAUGGAUGCAUCAACGGAGAAGAAUACUCCUCAAUCAGAGUACGAUUCAUCUGAAGACCGUGAGCGACAAUCGCGCGAGCUUAAAGCUGGUUUGCAUCCACUCAAGAACAAGUUUGUAUUUUGGUACACCCGCCGCACACCUGGAGUUCGUACUCAGACAUCAUAUGAGGACAAUAUAAAGCAGAUAAUGGACUUUAGCACGGUCGAAGGUUUUUGGGUGUGUUAUUGUCAUUUGGCUCGCCCGUCAUCCUUGCCAAGCCCAACUGAUUUGCAUCUUUUCAAACAGGGGAUUCGUCCGUUAUGGGAGGAUGCUGCUAACUGCAAUGGCGGUAAGUGGAUCAUACGAUUUAAAAAGGCUGUCUCAGGACGUUUCUGGGAGGAUUUGGUUUUAGCAUUGGUAGGUGAUCAACUUGAUUACAGUGAUAACAUAUGUGGGAUUGUGUUGAGCAUCCGUUUCAACGAGGAUAUACUGAGCGUAUGGAACCGCAAUGCAUCUGAUAAUCAGGUGGUGAUGGCUCUAAGAGAUAAUAUAAAACGACACUUGAAGCUUCCACACGGGUACGUUAUGGAAUAUAAGCCACAUGAUGCUUCGUUGCGCGACAAUUCAUCGUAUCGGAACACUUGGUUGAGAGGAUAGACAAUAAGACCAGCCUUGCUGCUCUUGAAAUGCUUAUGAUGGCGAACAUUUGUGUAAUUGGUACAAGACUACAAGUUAAACUUGUUACGCUGUUGGUUGUAUCUUUUUAAAUGAUAUUUCUUUAAUCUAAGCAUCUCGUGAUCUAUAUGUAGACCAUUUGAAUUAUGUUAAACAUUUGGUUAACAUAUGACUAAUCCUGAUUAGUAGGAAUGUGAUGUGAUGAUUAACAAGAUUUUUAAUUGAAAAAUACAGGAUAACAGGUUGAUGA